AUGCCAUCAUUGAGAUUCUGUGGUGAAUGUAACAACCUUCUUUACCCAAAGUCCGAUAAUAACGCCAAAAUCCUUUUGUAUCAAUGUCGUAAUUGCAAUUACGCAGAAAACGCUCAUCCUGAACCUGGAAUGGCACCUUGCGUAUACAAGAAUGAUCUGUUGACUAUCGCAAGGGAACAAGCGGGUGAAACUAAAGAUUUAGAAACCGAUCCUACGUUACAAAGAUCAAAUAUUGAAUGUCCAAAAUGUUCAAAUCAUGAAGCUGUAUUCUACCAAGAUCAAGCAAGGAGAAUAACGACCAAUAUGACAUUGUUCUAUCAUUGCACGAAUUGCAAAUUCCUAUUUAGAGAUCCAAAGAUCAAACACCGAUAG